AUGUUCCGACCAAUCGCUCUCUCCAACUGCGAUGGUAAGAUCUUCUUUGCCAUGCUGUCCAAGAUACUAACUCGCCAUAUGUUGGUGAAUGAGUAUUUUGAUGGCAUGACACAGAAAGGUUUCCUGCCGGGAAUGUCAGGCUGUGUUGAGCAUGCUACUCUGUGUAGCGAAGCCAUGAAAGACUCGAAGAGGAACAAGCGCUCCAUAGCCAUUGUGUGGAUAGACCUAAAGAACGCGUUCGGAUCAGUAAAGCACAAUUUAAUUCAAGCGGCAUUGCAUCGUUUUUCUUCUUUUUCUUCUUUUUCUUCUUCUUCUUCUUCUUCUUCUUCUUCUUCUUCUUCUUCUUCUUCUUCUUCUUCUUCUUCUUCUUCUUCUUCUUCUUCUUCUUCUUCUUCUUCUUCUUCUUCUUCUUCUUCUUCUUCUUCUUCUUCUUCUUCUUCUUCUUCUUCUUCUUCUUCUUCUUCUUCUUCUUCUUCUUCUUCUUCUUCUUCUUCUUCUUCUUCUUCUUCUUCUUCUUCUUCUUCUUCUUCUUCUUCUUCUUCUUCUUCUUCUUCUUCUUCUUCUUCUUCUUCUUCUUCUUCUUCUUCUUCUUCUUCUUCUUCUUCUUCUUCUUCUUCUUCUUCUUCUUCUUCUUCUUCUUCUUCUUCUUCUUCUUCUUCUUCUUCUUCUUCUUCUUCUUCUUCUUCUUCUUCUUCUUCUUCUUCUUCUUCUUCUUCUUCUUCUUCUUCUUCUUCUUCUUCUUCUUCUUCUUCUUCUUCUUCUUCUUCUUCUUCUUCUUCUUCUUCUUCUUCUUCUUCUUCUUCUUCUUCUUCUUCUUCUUCUUCUUCUUCUUCUUCUUCUUCUUCUUCUUCUUCUUCUUCUUCUUCUUCUUCUUCUUCUUCUUCUUCUUCUUCUUCUUCUUCUUCUUCUUCUUCUUCAUCUUCUUCUUCUUCUACCAGCAUCAAAUCAUCCCCAAAAUAG